AGCCACCCCGGGGAAAGUCGGCGCUUCCGUGGCAGAGGCAGGGCCGGCUGCAGCGGGCUGGGGCACGGGCUGCGGGGCACGGUGCACACAGCCCAGCCCCUGCACUGCAGCCCCGCUUCUACCGAAAACACGGAGCUCGGGGCUGCUCGUUUGGCUCAGAUCGGCGGUUUGUGGUCACGAAGGGAGCAGGCAGUGUCUCCCUCAAACGUGUGCAGCUCCGCGCCGCAGUUCAAACCCGCACGGCGCGCUGGAAGGGGCACAAGGCGGGAGCAGCCCCUCGCUCCCACCGAAGGAAACACGCCCCGUGGAGCUGGCCGUCGGGGGGAGAGGACGGAGGAGCCCCUGCAGCCGCCUCCUCGGCUCCUUGUGCCACGGGCAAGAAGAAAUGGCGAGCCCCAAGCACAAGCAUCCCGCGUUGAACCUGCCCAGCGGGACCCUCCCCACACGCACGGCUCUUUCACUGCCCACGCCUGGCGGCUCUCCUUGCGCUCCUCAGAGAAACGAACACAGGCACGGCUCUCGGAUCUGCUGCUGGCAGCGGCGUUUGUCUCCGAUGCUCAGUACAACAGGAACAUUCCUUUUAAGACCUCGCCGGAGGCAGUCAGACUUUACUACCUCUACAACCACUGGAUGAUGCAGACAGCCACCUACUUCUUCAUCUUUCUCAUCCUGUCCCUUGCAGUGUUUGAAGAACCUGCAGUGUAUCCACUCCCCUUCCUGGUCACUUCCCUGGUGGAGGUGUUGUGCCUUCUGGUGUUCUUUGGCCGCCUGACACACUUUGCACAAGUCACCCCUCGCAGUGUUUUCUGGAAGGACACCAAGAACAUCUGCAUCGUGGCUGCGGUCCUGCUGUCCCUGGCAGACCUGGCCAUAUACGCAGUGCUCAGGAUGUACAGCGUGAGGAGCAUUCGAUGGUCAAGAAUCGUGAGGCCCAUCUUCCUCAUCAACUUUGCAGAGAGUCGCCAGAUCCGGAGAGCCUUCCGCAGCAUCCGCAACACCCUGCCAGAGAUCACCUACGUCUUCUUGCUCUUCAUGUUUAGCCUUCUCAUGUUUUCCCUCAUGGCCUUGAAGCUGUUUGGUGAGAGGAACCUCCAGACAGCAGAAGGCUUGCCCUAUUUCAGAAACUACCUAGAGAUUGUGUUUGACCUCUAUGUGCUGGUGACAACAGCAAACAGCCCGGAUGUCAUGAUGCCAGCAUUUGACUUCAGCUCGUGGUAUGCCCUGUUCUUCAUUGCCUUUGUCAUCAUCAACACUUAUAUCUUCAUGUCUCUCUUCUUGGCUGUUGUGUACAACAACUACAAGAAACACCUGAAGAACGAGAUCCGCCAGCUCGCCUACAUGAAGCGCCGCAAGAUGAUAGAGGCCUUCAACCUCCUGAAGGAAGAGGUGGGAGCAGGGGUGGUGGUCAGAGAAGCUCGCUGGAAGCAGCUGGUCAAGCUGGUGGCUCCAGAUAUCAGCAGCUCGCACCGAGAGCUGCUGCUGCGCAUCUCGGACGAGGAGCAGAAGGGUUUUGUAGACAAGAAGUCCUUUGUCCAGCUGGCAGAUCUGCUCAACAUCCAGGUGAUCACGCUGCGGAUGCGCAGGCACCCGCUGGGGCAGUGGCUGCCCCGUGUGUACGGCUCGGCGCCCAGCCGCCUCCUGCGCGCCGUGGUCAGGCACAGGGCGUUUGUUUGGACCUACGAUGUGAUCAUUCUAAUCAAUGCCGUCUUCAUUGCUCUGGACGAGGAGAUACCUUUCAUUUCUUACUCAGAGUGGGUCUUCCUUGCAUUGUACAUGAUUGAGAUCUUCCUGAAGGUGUACACUUACGAACCCAGGGCGUUCUUUGGCAGAAAUCAGUUCUGGAACUGGUUUGAUACCCUCAUCAUCUUUGCUGCCCUGACUGCAACGAUACUCAAUUCCACCCUCAAGUCGACCACAAAGUACAACAGCCAACAGAUCCUGGACAUUGUCUUCAUCCUCAGGGUCCUCAGGCUAAUAAGGAUCGUUGACAGCUUUCAAAGGUUCCGCGUCAUCAUGAACACCCUGAUAAACAUUGUACCCACGAUGCUGACCUUCGGCGGGCUGACCCUGGUUGUGUACUGUGUAUUUGCAAUCGUUGGCAUGGAGUUAUUCCAUGGCAAAAUCCAGUUCUUCCCUGCAAACUCAAAUGCUCCUCAUGCCCUGGAAUGUGGAAACCCAGCUCUCAAGGAUUCUCUCUUUGCUCGUGGGAAAUACUGCAAGAACAACUUCAACAACUUUGCAUCAUCCUUCAUUGUCCUGAUGGAGCUCACUGUAGUCAACCAGUGGCACGUGUUUGCCACUGGAUUUGCCAACGUGACGGUGCAGCCUGCCAAGCUGUACUUCAUUGCCUUCCACAUCGUCAUGGUGAUAAUUAUUGUCAAUAUCUUUGUGUCAUUCAUCUUGGAAGCUUUCUUUGUGGAGUACUCCUUAGAGAAGAGUGAAGUAGAAACAGCCAUUGAACAGAAGAUCCAGGAGCUGGGGAUGGGAGUUCAAGAGGAUGAGCUCCAGGAUGAACAGCUCCUCGAUAACAUGGAGAGUGCAGAGCAGGACCUGGAGGGAGAAGGUGCAACAAAGCCACAGUUUAAAGGGCUGGUGUUUAAAAUUGCCUCCAAAAGGUACAGGACGGUUGAUGCUCUGCUCCAGCGUAUGUUUGAGGCAGAGAUACCCCUUGAGGACGAAGGCCCUUCACUUGAAGAGAUCUUAAACUUGCCCCUCUCUGCUCCUGUCCCUAGUAAUCUGACCUCUGAGAGUGCUGCCUGAUGGGGGCAGUGCCUGGCAGCUGAUCAGGAGAAUAACCCUCGGCUACGUGGGGCUGGAGCGUGUUCCCAAGCAGCUCUUGUGUGCACAUGGGACAGAUUACACGGUGGAAGGAGCAGCUGAGGCUAGAACAGCUUCAUCAUGUAAAGGAGCUUUCUCUCAUGUACAGUCUCAUAUAAGCGUUGCAAGCAGCCCCCCCUCUCCGUGCCGGGCAGAGCGGGUGUGUACGUGCCUGUGCUGGCUGUGUACCGCCGCGGGAGGCAGCAGGCUCUGAAACGCCUCCUCCUUGUAGCUGGAGCUGUGUCUCACAACCCUUUCUACGCUUCUCC